GGACCAUAUAAAGGGACCAGCAUCUCCUGUACCCAGCUGUGUGUCCAUGAAGAGUGACUGGUCUAUGGAUCAACCUGUAAAACUCAGAGAGGGAGACUUCUCUACUGAUCAAAGUUACUUGAACAGAAGGUCAUGAUAUUUGUGAAGAAAGAGUUGAAGAGGUUCAAGACAAUGCUGAGUUCAGAUCUCCCAGAAGGAUUUAAGAGUCAGAGGGAGGAUGAGGAAGGUGUGGACCCUGAAGAUGAGAAGCAGGAGAGCAGUGCCAAAGAGGGGGCUCUGAAGAUCACACUGCAUGUCCUGAGGAACAUGAACCAGAAGGAUCUUGCUGACACACUGGAGAAAAAUGAGCUUGCUGUGAUUUGUCGUGAACACAAAUCUAACCUGAAGAAGAAGUGUCAGUGCUUAUUUGAGGGUAUCGCUAAACAAGGGAACCCAACACUUCUCAAUAAGAUCUACACAGAGCUCUUCAUCACAGAGGGUGGAAGUGGAGGAGUCAAUAAUGAACAUGAGGUGAGACAGAUUGAGACAACAACCAGGAAACAAACAAGACCAGAGACAGCAAUCAAAUGUAAUGACAUCUUCAAACCCAUACCUGGACAAGACAAACCUAUCAGAACUGUGCUGACAAAGGGAGUCGCUGGAAUUGGAAAAACUGUCUCUGUGCAAAAGUUCAUUCUGGACUGGGCUGAAGGAAAAGCCUAUCAGGAUGUCCAAUUUAUGAUAAAGUAG